GUCUCUUUCUCUCUCUCCCUCUCUCUCUGUCUGUCAAAUGCUUGCUCAGUGUGCAGCCGACCGAGACCGGAGGGGGAGGGUCUCUCCCUCCCUUUCUCUCUCUCCCUUUCUCUCUCUGUCUCUCUCUCUGUAGAGUCCAGAGGACGGACGCUUGCUUGCUUUAAUUUAGCAGCUUCAUAUAUUCGUUCCCCUGUCUCGUUCCCUCUGUCUGUCCGGUGAUUUUGUUUUCUCUGCCUGUGGACAGACGGUCGCCCUUCAUCACCUUCACCUCGUCUCCCUCGUCCUCCAGCUGUGUGUCGACCGACGACGGGAUGACAGCAGAGACUAACAGAAAGUUGUGUGUGUGUGUGUCCCGCUCAUGACUUCUCUCCAUCGUCGCCAUAGUGACCGCGACCUUGGUGGCAGUGGCGGUACUUGACAGUUGUCAGUGGACGUUAGUGGACUGUUGUUCUGCCUGCCGGGGGUAGAGCUGUGUUAACAUUCACAUGUUGUAUUUCAUGUCUGUGGGGAAACUCUGCACAAAAUCUGUGGAAAUUCUGCUAAAAAACUGCACAAAAUUCCCCCCAAAUAAUCUACGGAUAACCUAAGGAAAAUUCUGCACAAAAACUGAAGAAAUUCUGCACAAAAACUGAAGAAAUUCUGCACAAAAACUGAGGAAAUUCUGCGCAAAAACGGAAGAAAUUCUGCACAAAAACUGAGGAAAUUUUGCACAAAACUCUGAGGAAUUUCUGCACAAAAACUGAGGAAAUUUUGCACAAAAAUUGAGGAAUUUCUGCACAAAUACUGAGGAAAGUCUGCACAAAAUCUGAAGAUAUUCUGCACAAAAUCUUAGGAAUUUCUCCACAAAAACUGAGAAAAUUUUGCAUACAAAUCUGCAAAAAAACUGCACAAAAUUCCCCCAAAUAAUCUACGGAUAACCUGAGGAAAAUUCUGCACAAAACCUGAAGAAAUUCUGCACAAAACCUGAAGAAAUUCUGUGCAAAAACUGAGGAAAUUCUGUGGAUUUCUGCGUCUGCAGAUACCGCGUGGCCCUGUUUUGUAUAUAUAUAAAUAUAUAGUGGCCUUGUUACCGUAGCGACCAGGAUGCAGGUGUCCAUAGCGUGUAACGUUGGCGGCGGCGGUGGCGUUGGCGGGGGCAGCAGUGAGCACCAGCUGAAGGAGCGUCGGGCGGCGAUGAACACAAGCGCCCCCUCCUGUCAGGUAAAGGUGAAGGCGGAGCCGGAGAACAGACUCACCCUGUUAGGCCACGCCCACAUGAAGGAGGCGCUCGGUCGCCAUAGCAACAUGAAGUACAGGAAUCUUGGGAAAUCUGGACUGAGAGUGUCCUGCUUAGGCCUGGGAACAUGGGUGACGUUUGGCUCGCAGAUCUCUGACGAGAUGGCGGAGAGUGUGAUGUCGGUGGCGUACGACAGUGGAGUGAACUUGUUCGACACGGCUGAGGUCUACGCCUCAGGGAGGGCAGAGAGGACUCUGGGAAACAUCCUGAAGAAGAAAGGAUGGAGUUUUGGUUCGUUAUGUGGUCAGCUCUACUGGGGAGGACAGGCGGAGACAGAGCGAGGGUUGUCCCGGAAACACAUCAUCGAAGGUCUGCGUGGCUCUCUCUCCAGGUUACAGUUGGACUACGUUGACAUUGUCUUCGCAAACCGGAGUGACGUCAACGCACCGAUGGAGGAGGUGGUUCGAGCGAUGACCUUUGUGAUCGAGCAGGGAAUGGCCAUGUACUGGGGAACAUCACGCUGGAACGCUGUGGAGAUCAUGGAGGCGUACUCGGUGGCGCGGCAGUUUAAUCUGGUUCCUCCAGUGUGUGAGCAGGCCGAGUAUCAUUACUUCCAAAGAGACAAAGUAGAGCUGCAGCUACCAGAACUUUACCACAAGAUAGGGGUCGGAGCCGUGACCUGGUCCCCACUGGCCUGUGGCCUGCUGACGGGGAAAUACAACCAGGGAGUCCCGGAGACAUCCAGAGCUGCCAUGAAGGGCUAUGAUUGGCUGAAGGAGCGUCUCUGCAGUGAUGAGGGGAAGAAGCAGCUGAGUAAGAUCAGAGAGCUCCACCAGCUGGCCGACAGACUCAACUGCACCGCUGCUCAGCUCGCCAUCGCGUGGUGUCUCCGUUCUGAAGGAGUCAGUUCGGUUCUUCUCGGAGUCUCGAACACGGAGCAGCUGCUGGAGAACCUCGGCUCCAUCACCGUCCUGUCUCAGCUGACUCCGCCCCUCGUCGCCGAGAUGGACGCGUUGCUCGGCAACAAGCCACGAAACAGCAAGGAGGCGGCAAAACGCUGAAGACUUUCAACACAACUUUAUUUAUUCUUCAGGGACGUUCUCAUUGCCAUGGAGACAGUGAGACUGUAACCAUCAGAAGUAUUUAUUCUUCUAUUAAUAAAUAUAUAUAAAUAUAUAUGAA